AUUGUUUUUGUUUUUGUUUUUUGUUUUAAUUUUUAGGGUCUCUUGUCGAUGACCUUUCACGGGUCCUCUCAGUUGGAGCUAUUUGUACAAUUCAAGAAUUCUUUGUAUCGGGAAGUGGAUUGUUGGAUAAGCCUUUGGGUCUGCUGAAAUUCGGCUGAUUCAAUUCGAUUUAAAAGAAGGGCACCACUGCCGUUGAUUGGUGGCCGAGAGGCUACAACCUUCGUCGAUUCAGGGAGGGGGAAUCAAAGCUUGCACCUUGUGCAAGUGUAAGGAAUGGUUACCACUAGGCCACAAGAGGUUCAUCAACUGAAAACUUGAUGAUUUUUGACUAUUAGCCACCUUUCUUCAACAUGAGCAACCAGUUUUUCGAAGAUCACGACGAAGCCACUGUCGUGGGAUUUGAAGUUCCAAAAUCACCUGAUUCCAGUUACAACAAUGUGUACCCGGGAAAUGAAGAUGAGGCACGGGACCCGCCUGUUGUCCCUCUGCAUCUGCAACACACCUUGCUUAGUUAUCCUGCAAGUAGAGACACCAUGGAAGCUCUUCCGUCGCCACAAAAUGCGAUCCUCAACCAUCUUUACAUUGAAGAUAGAGAGACCCCGCGAUCAGUAGUGGCGCUUGGCUUCACUCAUCGCUUCCGCUCAAAGUACGUCACUGUCGUACUGUACAAACCAGUUCCAAGGAAAGGGGGUGCCAGCAGUUAGCGGGUGGAUUGCGUAAACCUCCAUUAGGACUGGCUCAUUUGUCCUUACCGCCGUUUAAUUAGAUACAAACUAUUUGAAUGCCAUAUUAGGGGCAUAAAUCAUUUGUUACCUUACAAGCCACUGCAGCAGGUGGAGAUGAGGUUUACCUUACUCUCCCGUCUGGAAUUAUCAGUUGUAUCUUGGGGGUAAUGGAAUCCUCAUUCCCCUAUUAUCAGGAUAUUUCCCAAUUUCUGAUCUAUUUCUGUACCUCUUGCCAACCUCAUAAAUCAAUAAAUAAUUUAUAAUUGAGCUCUUUUAUACAU